UUCCCCGCGUGGAGCAGCCGCAUCAAGUUUGCCCCCCGUUGCCCAGGGCAGCUCCAGCCAGCCCUUUUGCCGGCAAGGGCAGAACCCUGGAGGGCUGGCGCUGCGGGUGAGGUCACAAGCAGCCCUUCCGGAACUCCGGGGCUGGCAGAAAGCAGCUGCCCAUCGCUGCGGAGGGCACCCUCCUGCCCAGGGGCAGGGAGAGGGUGCCCUUUUGGGGGACCGCGGGGCUCUCCGGAAGACCAGUCACCACAGCCCACCAAGUCCAACACUAAAAGAUGCCAAAUAAGAAACGGCAAACCACGGUGCCGCCUGCUACAGGAGAGGAAUAACGGAACAGGGCCCAGAGCUAAGCCCCAGCCCCAGCAGCCUGCGGAGGAGCCGGAAGCUGAGAUGUCGAAAGGGCCAGCCCCCGGAGGUGGGGGUCUAUGGACCACCAAGCGGGAUGGAGAAGUCAAGCUGCGGAUGGACGCGAGCGGCAUGGGCUCCGAGAUCCCCAUCACCGUCCACGACCUCUUCCUGGCCACCGUGCAGAAAUACGGCCACUUCCCGGCGCUGGCUUCGAAAAAGCAGGGCCAGUGGUCCAAGCUGAGCUUCUGUCAGUACUACGAGGAGUGCCGCAAGAGCGCCAAAAGCUUCCUCAAGCUGGGCCUGGGGCGAUUCAACAGCGUUUGCAUCCUGGGCUUCAACUCCCUGGAGUGGUUCCUGGCCGACAUCGGCGCCAUCUUUGCUGGGGGGUUUGCCGUCGGCAUCUACACCACCAACUCCCCCGAGGCCUGUCACUACGUCGCGGAGAAUUGCGGGGCCAACAUCAUUGUGGUGGAGAACGACAAACAGCUGCAGAAAAUCCUGGAGGUGGAGAAAAAACUUCCUCUCCUAAAAGCGAUCAUCUACUGCAGCAAAGACAUCAAAGAGAAAAGGCCCAACCUCUACAGCUGGGACAAGUUCAUGGCCCUGGGCAGCUCCGUCCCGGAUGAGCAGCUGGACCAGGUCCUGGCCAGCCAGAAGCCCAACCAGUGUUGUACCAUCAUCUACACGUCGGGGACAACCGGGAACCCCAAAGGAGUCAUGCUCAGCCACGACAACAUCACGUGGACGGCCAGGGCGGCCGGAGAGUACGUGAACCUGAAGACGGCCUGGGAGGGCCAGGAGAGCGUGGUCAGCUACCUGCCACUGAGCCACAUCGCCGCGCAGAUGAUCGACAUUUGGCUGCCCAUCACCUUUGGCGUGGAAACCUACUUUGCGCAGCCCGACGCUCUGAAGGGCAGCCUGGUGGACACCUUGCGGGAAGUGAGACCCACGGCGUUCAUGGGUGUCCCCCGCGUGUGGGAGAAGAUGCAGGAGCGGAUGAAGUCGGUGGGGGCCAAGUCCUCCACGCUGAAGAAGAAGAUUGCCGUGUGGGCCAAAGCCGUGGGGCUGGAGACCAACCUGAAGCGCAUGAACGGGUCCGAUGAUUGCCCGAUGAGUUACCGGUUGGCGAGGGCACUGGUUUAUAAAAAGGUCCGGAAAGCGCUGGGCUUGGACCGCUGCGACAAAUGUUACACGGGGGCAGCCCCCAUCACAAAGGACACCUUGGAGUAUUUCCUGAGCCUGGACAUUGUGGUCUACGAGCUCUACGGCAUGAGCGAAAGUUCGGGACCCCACACCGUUUCGUAUCCAACGUCAUACAGGAUGUCGAGCUGCGGCAAGGAAAUUGCAGGCUGCCAGACAAUGCUUUUCAAGACAGACCAGGAAGGAGUCGGCGAGGUCUGCUUUUCUGGUCGCCAUGUAUUUAUGGGCUACCUGAACAUGGAAGACAAAACGAAAGAAGCAAUUGACGACGAGGGCUGGCUCCAUUCCGGGGAUCUGGGCCGGCAUGAUGAGGACGGCUUCCUGUACAUCACGGGGAGGAUCAAAGAGCUAAUCAUCACUGCGGGGGGAGAGAAUAUUCCCCCAAUCCCGAUUGAAGAUGCUGUCAAGGAGGCAAUCCCCAUUAUCAGCAACGUCAUGUUGGUGGGAGACAAAGCCAAAUAUCUCGUCAUGCUGAUGACCCUUAAGUGCAAGGUGAACUUAGAAACAGGGAUCUCGGAAGAUGAACUGACGCCCGAAGCUGUGGAGUUUUGCCAGAAACUGGGCAGCAAAUCCACCAAAGUGUCUGACAUCGUGGGGAACAAAGACGUGUUAGUGUACACCGCCAUCCAGAAAGGGAUCAUGAAGGUCAACGAUCGUGCCACCUCCAACGCUCAGAAAAUCCAGAAAUGGCUCCUCCUGGACAAGGACUUCUCCAUCCAGGGUGGCGAACUUGGCCCAACCAUGAAGCUGAAGAGGCCAGUGGUAGUGAAGAUGUAUCAAGAACAAAUCCAACAGCUCUACUCAGACACAACGGACUUCUGAACCAGGAUGCCCAUCUCUCCGCCGGCCUCUGUUCAAAGUGCAGCAUCUUAACCGGAGUCCUCCUGGAGGCGAGGUGCACCGUCUCUUCCCUUGAUAAAUGAGGUUUUUUUCAAUAAAGCCGUCAUCUUCUCUUGCCUUCCCCCAAGACAGGAGACUUCUCUGCA